GAAUCUAUCUGAAGGAGGUGGAGUCUGAGGUGGGGAGGGAGAAGAAAGAGUGAGGGAAAAGGAGAAAAAAAGGAGAAAAAGCACACAACAGAAAAGGGGAGGACAUCGGUGCAAUUGCGUGAAUAUUGGUUGAAUUACAUUGAAGAAAAUAGUUGCAGAGAGGAAGAAACCAAGAUGAUAACGCCCUACUUCCUACAGAAUUUCUGGGGUGAAAAAAACAAUGGAUUUGAUGUUCUCUACCACAACAUGAAGCAUGGUCAAAUCUCCUCCAAGGAACUUACGGAGUUCAUCAGAGAAAGGGCUACCAUAGAAGAGGUCUAUGCCAGGUCAAUGACCAAACUUGCCAAGUCAGCUGGCAACUUCUCUCAGCUCGGGACGUUUGCCCCGGUGUGGGAUGUGUUUAAGACGUCCACAGAGAAGCUGGCCAGCUGCCACCUGGAGCUGGUGAGGAAGCUACAGGAGCUUAUCAAAGACGUGCAGAAGUACGUGGAUGACCAGGCCAAGGCCCACAAAAAGACCAAGGAGGAGGUGGCGUCCACACUGGAAUCAGUCCAGACCAUACAGACCACCGGAGUAGCCUUACAGAAGUCCAAGGAGAAUUACAACGCCAAAACUGUGGAGCAGGAGAGACUCCGCAAGGAGGGAGCAACACAGAGAGAUGUGGACAAGGCUGGAGUGAAGGCCAAGAAAGCCACGGAAACCUACAAGGGCUUUGUGGAAAAAUAUGCCACAGCCAAGUCCGAGUUUGAACAGAAGAUGGCUGAAACUGCACAGAAGUUUCAGGACAUCGAGGAGAGCCACAUCGUCCACAUGAAGGAUAUAAUUCAGUCAUACACACAGUCUGUUGACGAGACGCACGUUCAGAUCGGAGAGGUCCGUAUAGAGUUUGAGAGGAACAUGGAGAACACCUCUGUUGAGGGCUUGAUACAGAAACUGUCUGACAGUAAAGGAACGGGCAAAGAGAGACCAGGUCCUAUUGAGUUUGAAGAAUGCAACACUGCCAUCGCCACUGAAGGAGCCAAACCCAGAAAGAGGAAAACAUUUGCCAUCCGCCGGAAAGACAACAAGGACACAGACUCGACGGAGUCGACAGAAGUUGAACCUGCUAACAAUACCAAUGGAGUUCCUCCUGGAUACUAUGGCACCAUAGACUUCCAAAACGCUAAUGUCCCCACGGUUGAUGAAGAUGGCUUCUGCAUCAGACCGGAAGACCGCAACCAAAAUGAUGCCAAAGAGAACUCGUUCUAUUCGUCGAGUGACUCGGAGGACGAGGAUGAACCCAGGAAGUUCCGUGUGGAAAUCAAGCCGGUGGCGCCCAACAACAGGACGCAACAAAGCCGAGCCACCAUCGACCAACUCAAGGCCUCCAUUGGAAACAUCAGCCUAUCGCCACCAACCUCGGGUCAGAUGCGAAGGAACCAAUCCAGGCUGUCAGGAAUGCAUUCCCACUCAGCGAUAGGCUCUCAGGUGCUAGGUGAUGAGUUGGGAAAGGCCAGGAUGUCAACAUAUUUCAAUGACAGUAGACCUGCUCUCAAUAAUGACCUUCUCUCACUGGAUCCGUUCUGUCCCGCCCCCACCCUAAGAGGCUCCUCCUCCUCAGUGUCCUCAUCAACAGACAUCGACUCUCUUUUCCUCUCCAUUCCUCUAUGUCCUCUACACAUUAAUGAGUCCCCUGUGUUUCUGCCAGGGGAGGCAGGUUCAUCACUCUGCCCUGCCCUGGACUAUCAUGUGCCAUCAACAGAUGAGGGGGUGUUACAGCAGGAGUUCUCCUCUCCCCCACUGGCAGACGGCCUGCAGCAGGCCAAAGGAGAGGUCGCCCCUCUACCUUCCUCCACCACCACUACUACCACCACCACCUUCUCUCCAUGGAACUCACCAGCUGACCCCUUUCUGGCCCUGAAGCCCAUCCCAGCCCGGGCCCAGAGGACCCCCAUCACCCGGCAGGAUGAGCCCAUAGAACCAACCCCAGGCCCAGACCCAACCAGCGUGCCUCAGGGAGAGAACCAGUCUGCCUUUACCAGGUCCCAGAGCCAGUGGAUCGACGUCAACCACGACUUUGUGCCAGUCCGACGCCAGCAGAGCUGCUGUCCGGGUACAGGUCCGGUCAACCGCGACCGGACCCAGUCUAACCCUCCUACCGGCAGGCCUCAGUCUUGCCGGUCCAUCUGUUUCUUCUCUGAUGACCCCGCUGAUCCCUAUAAUAAGAUGGUGCUGAGCAGUGGGGUUGUGGAGGUCAGCACCUCCUCUGUCCCUGAGGUCUUUUCAGCACUGACAGUGGGGGUGGCAGCAGCAGCUAGCCAAGCACACAAUGUGCCUGCCCUGGCCAGACCCACUACCCCUCAAACUGGGGCCAUGGUGGCUCCUCCACGACCCUCUUCCAGACCCAAACUACCCACAGGAAAACUCACAGGAAUCAAUGAAAUUGUGCAGCCGUUCAGCCCGACCAAGAUGUUGUCCAACGCCAGUCCUCCUCCGGCUGCUCCCCUGGCCCGGGCAGAGAGCUCCUCCUCCCUGUCCUCUACCGCCUCUCUCAGUGCCUCCAACACACCCACAGUGGGGCCUGAGCGUAUCUUCCGUCCCUCCCUCUCCUCUCCGGAACCAGAGUUCCUCCUUUCUCCCUGUCCUCUGUUUCUCCUCAGCCAAAAGGAUGAUGGUUUCAUCGGGAAGCUGCCCACCUUUGAGAAGUGCUGUGAAACGCCUGCAGGGACGUCUCGCGGUCCCAGCCCAGUGACCCUGGCGUCCCAGGAUGCCUUGCCCAUUGCUGUGGCCUUCACAGAGUCUGUUAAUGCCUACUUCAAAGGAGCUGAUCCCGCUAAGUGCAUAGUGAAGAUCACAGGUGACAUGACCCUGUCCUUCCCCAUGGGUAUCAUCAAGGUGUUCACCAGUAACCCCUCCCCUGCUAUGCUCACCUUCAAACUGAAGAACACCUCCAAGCUGGAGCAGAUCCUCCCCAACCAGACACUACUGUUCAGUGAUCCCUCGCAAAGUGAUGCUCAUACCAAGGACUUUUGGUUCAACAUGCAAGCUCUCACAUCGUACCUCAAGAAAGCCUCAGAGCAGAACCCUGCUGCAUCCUACUACAACGUUGACAUCCUCAAAUACCAGGUGUCCUCUAAAGGAAUCGCAUCGACCCCUCUGAACCUGGCAGUGUACUGGAAGUGUGACCCCGCCACCACUGACCUGAGGCUGGACUACCACUACAACCCAGAGUCCAUGCUCUGUCCCGGCACUCUCUCCAACGUACAGGUCCUAGUGCAUGUAGAUGGAGGGGUCACCAACAUGCAGUCCCUGCCUAAUGCUAUCUGGAACUCAGAGCUGAACAAGUUUCUCUGGAAGCUGAACGAUAUCUCUGAGAAGUCUGAUAAUGAGGGCUCGGGGUCUCUGAGGGCUAAGUUUGAGCUCUCCGACGGCCCGUCCACCCCAACCACCCUGGCUGUGCAGUUUAUGAGUGAGGGGAGCACGCUGUCUGGGGUGGACAUAGAGCUGUUGGGAACCGGGUACAGACUGUCCCUCAACAAGAAGAGGUUUGCCACAGGUCGUUACAUGGCAGACUGUUGAGGGCAUACCGUCCUGGACCCCCAAGCACAACGACUUUAUAGAACAUUUAUUUUCAAUAUUUGAGUCCUUUUUGUCUUAUUUAUUAAAGGGGAGGUGGAGACUGGAGAGGUGCAGCAAACACACCAGGUUUUAUGUGACGCAUCCAAACACUUUGCAUUAUGUCCCAAUGUACCCUGUCUGUCUCGAGCAGAGAUCUCCUCAGUACAGUAAAGCAGCGCUGAGUAUUGAACACUGUUUGAAAAGAAGAAGAAUACAUGAAAUAAAAAAUUAAGUUGAGCUGUCAGGAAAUGGAAAUGUAUAGAUGUUGAGAAGUGUAAUGCUUUCUGAUCAAUUCAGACUUUUAUAAAGUCAGGACCGUAGUGUUUCGUUAUGUAACAAUGUAUGGAUUAUAUAUAAAUACAUAUUAUAUACAAAAAAAAAUGUACAAAUGAAAACAAUCUGCACUAACAAUCUAAAAAUAUAUUUGUUCUCUCCUUUGUAAAUUGUGUAUGUAUUCCACUGAAGCUCUUGUAGUAACAAAGAUUCUGGGUAAAACAGUGAGAAAAGAGAAGAAAGAGGAGAGGAAAUGCCACACUAUCCUCCCUCAUCCCGCUCUCCUUCUCUUCUCAAUUGCAAGUACGAUCACUGAGUAUUUUACUUUGUGAGACUCAAGUCGUGUUUUUUUCUGAUUUACCUUUAUUUCCUGGGUUAUUUUUAUUCUGAUCAUGUGCAAUGAAGAAAUGAAGGUAUAAGCUGUGUUUUUUUUUUUUUUUUUUACUAAACAGAUUCUCUAAAAUGUUAUCAUGGCACAACAUUAAUCGGUUGUCCUGUCGCUUCUGACAACUGGUAAUAACAAAAGGUCAGCUCUCUUUCAAAAGCAAAAAAACUCAACUUAACUGACCUCAGUGCCUCUUUCUUUCUGUGGAUAAAUUGAUUGAAAACGUAGCUACUUUUCUCUAAGCCCUUUUGUAUGUUCAAAAGGCACCGCUAACAAAAAGAAAAAACACCAACCUUGUGCAAGUUGUUGUUUUAUAAUCUUGUUUUUGGAUGUUGAAGGGAAAAUGCGUCCAGUUUCUACACCAGUCAAUCCAAAAGGCAUCUGUCUUCCAGAAACUGCUGAUCCAGUGGACUCACUGUCUCAGUUCUGUGUCUUUGCUAUGAUGUUGUCUUUUCUACUGGGGUAUUUUUUCUAUAUUUGAUCCGAUAGUGAUUUUUGUUCCCAAACCGCCUUCGGUCUAUUUGAGAGCACUGGACAGCCUACUAGCCGAGCAUCUUUAUCACAAUCUAGCCAAAUCAAUUCUAGAAAUGCCUUAAGAAUAUAUACCUUGUCAUCUUUUGAUAAUGGUAAUAAGAUGCUAUCCAGUUGUGAUAGGCUACAUUUCUGCCGUGUUUGCCUGUGAGGAGAGAGACAGACAACAGUUUUUGGUGCUGACUCGAUUUCAUACAGAGAGGUUCAUUCUUGCCUUGUAUACCAAUGGAGGACCAGUAUCUAGAAGGGCUACAUAUCCUAGAUGGAGAGAUGCCUACACCUUAUGUAGCAGUUCUAUCAAUAUCACUAACGUGUGUUUUUGACAACCUUUUCCAAUGCCUUCUCCCCAAAACCACAGUUUUGAUAGUAUAGAUAAUGAUCACUGUACUGUAUUUUCAUUACAAACAUUGAUAUGGGCACACCAGUAACACUGUGAUUGUGGACUGUUAGUGUUCCAUCAUGUAUGUGGCCAUCUGAACACUGUAUGCUUGUAAACUGCUGGCCCAUAUCCACAAAGCGUCUCCGAGUAAUAGUGCUGAUCUAGGAUCUGGCCAUAUAAUACGAUCAAUUAUGAACUAAAAGACAACUGAUCCUAUAUCGGCACUCUUACACUGAGACGCUUUGUGGAUAACAGACCCUGGUAUUUGGUACAGUUGAUACUGUUAACGUUCUCGCUGCUUCUGAAAUGGCACCCUAUGCCCUACAAUAUAUAGCGCAAUACUUUUGAUCAGUAGUAGUGCACUAUGGAAUAGGAUGCCUUUAAAGAGGCACUAUUUGUAGAUAUGGUUAAUCGCAUCGCUUACUAGUAAACGUGAUCUGACCAAACCUCAAUAUAUAACUUUUCAGCACAACAAAACACCUAGUCCAUGUGGCCAGUCUUCUAGAACUAUGAGAGAACACCUAGUUCAUGUGACCAGUCUUCUAGAACUAUGAGAAAGUACCUAGUCCAUGUGGCCAGUCUUCUAGAACUAUGAGAAAGCACCUAGACCAUGUGGCCAGUCUUCUAGAACUAUGAGAAAGCACCUAGUCCAUGUGGCCAGUCUUCUAGAACUAUGAGAGAACACCUAGACCAUGUGGCCAGUCUUCUAGAACUAUGAGAAAGCACCUAGUCCAUGUGGCCAGUCUUCUAGAACUAUGAGAGAACACCUAGACCAUGUGGCCAGUCUUCUAGAACUAUGAGAAAGCACCUAGACCAUGUGGCCAGUCUUCUAGAACUAUGAGAAAGCACCUAGACCAUGUGGCCAGUCUUCUAGAACUAUGAGAGAACACCUAGACCAUGUGGCCAGUCUUCUAGAACUAUGAGAAAGCACCUAGUCCAUGUGGCCAGUCUUCUACGACUAUGAGAAAGCACCUAGUCCAUGUGGCCAGUCUUCUACGACUAUGAGAAAUGUGAUUAUUGUUUAACAAUGUUGAUCGAGAUGUAUUUGUGAAGUCAAUGUCUAAAAUAGGAUUUAUUUUGUAUACAGUACAAUAAGUCAGAAUUGUGUUUUGUAAGGCAUGGAUUAAUCAUCACGGUUUGAAUUAUUGGUCCUGUUUUAUUUGUAUGUAUAAGGUUUUUAAGGAUGAUAUUUGUUGAAGAUACAGUUUAAGACUCCACCUUCAGUAGAAUUGUAGAGGCAAAUACUAACUUUAUUUGAAUGAGGGGUAAAAUUAUACACAAAUAAUAUUUUCCAGAACACUUUUUAUAUGGCCCAACCAAAUAAUGUGUGACUAUCCGAAUGGAGUUGGAGUUUACUAAACUAAAGCGUUAUCAUGGAAAUCCAACGUAGCAUGUAAGGAACGUUUUAAAGAGAGGAACAGCGUAUCAAAAUCAGAUUUUUUUUAAUUUUUAUGGAGUUCUCCUUAAAAUAUCAUAUCAACAGCGCCGGCUACUCUCGAUCCACCCACUAAGAUCAGAGAAACCCCCACGCAGAAACUGAAUAUAUAUGCAAAGUAUAUUUAGCGAGCUGGUUCUUGCUGUCUCUGCAUAGCAUCCAGUGAUUCUUUUUUUUUUCUUUCUUGGAGCUUGUCAUUAUGAUUUUUGUUUGUUUAUAUGUCUAUGUCAAAAGGAGAGUUUAGUUUAAUUUCUCAUCAAAUGUACAUUUUUACAAAUAUCUCAGCCACUUUGUUUUUUCUGUUCACUUUAUGAUCCAUCUCAAUGUGCCUGUAUUAAAUGUAUAAUAUAUGAUUAUAUACCUAUAUAUAAAAAUGACUACUUAAAAUUGU